AUGCAGAGCAUCAUUCGCGGCGUCCUCAUCGACUGCUCAGGUACCGUGCACGUCGGCGACCAUGCGAUCCCAGGAGCCGCCAAAGCCCUGGAUCGACUGCGUGCUAGUGGAAUCCCCUUCCGCUUCUGCACAAACACGACACAAUCCUCUGGGGAGACGUUGGUCGCCAAGUUACAGAAGCUUGGACUCGACAUCCAUCGUGAGGAGGUCUUUACAUCGCUGUCCGCUUGUCGACAGCUCGUAACAUCGCGCGGGCUGAGACCGCUCCUGCUUCUGGAACCAGAUGCGAAGCAAGAGUUCGAAGGGAUCCCACAAUCGGAACCAUACGAUUCUGUCGUUGUUGGGUUAUCUCAGUCCAGCUUCAAUUAUGACAUGCUGAACAAGGCGUUCCGGCUCCUCGUCGAUUCAAAGUCAACAUCUCAACCAGCGACCUUGGUAGCCGUCCACAAGGGCAAAUACUUUGCGGAUAAAGAUGACGGCAAGCUCUCCCUCGGUCUAGGAGGUUUUGUCGAGGCACUCGAAUAUGCUUCAGACAUCAAGGCCCAUGUUGUUGGCAAGCCUCAAAAGGCAUUCUUUGAGCUCGCGAUCCAGAACAUGGGACUACCCAGUCCAGCGGAACAAAAGGAGUCGCCCACGAAAGGAUCCUCUGGGAUUGUGAUGAUCGGAGAUGAUGUUGAGCAGGAUCUAGGCGGUGGUGCUGCAGAGCUUGGUCUGAUCCGCUACCUCGUUCAGACUGGAAAAUACCGUACCAAGGAUGAAGAUCGCGAUGCCUUCGGAGGUCUGGACGGAGUCUUUGCAGACUUUUCGGCCGCCGUCGAUCACAUUCUAUCGAACCAACACAAGUAA